UCGGCUGUGGCUGCAGCUGCUGUGCUGACUCAUGCGCCCUCGCAGCCAGCAGGAGCUGGGAGCAUGGGCUCCCCAGGGGCCUCAGCAGGCUGGGGGCUUCUGGAUUACAAGACGGAGAAGUAUGUGAUGACCAGGAACUGGCGGGUGGGCAUCCUGCAGAGGAUGCUACAGCUCGGGGUCGUGGCCUAUGUCGUGGGGUGGGCCCUUCUCAUCAACAAAGGCUACCAGGAGCGAGACCUGGAUCCCCAGAUUUCCAUCAUCACCAAACUCAAAGGGGUUUCUGUGACUCAGAUCAAGGAGCUUGGGAACCGGCUGUGGGAUGUGGCUGACUUCGUGAAGCCACCGCAGGGAGAGAACGUGUUCUUCUUGGUGACCAAUUUCCUUGUGACGCCAGCCCAAGUUCAGGGCAGAUGCCCAGAGCACCCCUCUGUCCCACUGGCUAACUGCUGGGAAGACGAGGACUGCCCUGAAGGGGAGGCGGGGACGCACAGCCAUGGCAUAAAAACAGGCCUGUGUGUGGUGUUCAACAAGACCCACAGGACCUGUGAGAUCCAGGGCUGGUGCCCCGUGGAGAGCGGCGCUGUGCCCACGAGGCCUCUGCUGGUCCAGGCCGAGAACUUCACGCUGUUCAUCAAAAACACUGUCACCUUCAGCAAGUUCAACUUCUCCAAGUCCAAUGCCUUGGAGACGUGGGAUGCCACCUAUUUCAAGGGCUGCCACCAUGAUCCACGCUCCAGCCCCUACUGCCCUGUGUUUCGCAUCGGGGACAUUGUGGCUGAGGCAGGAGGGGACUUUAAGGACCUGGCAUUGCUGGGUGGCUCUGUGGGCAUCAGUGUCCACUGGGACUGUGACCUGGACGCCGGGGACUCUGAUUGCUGGCCCCAUUACUCCUUCCAGCUGCAGGAGAGGAGCUACAACUUCAGGACAGCCACUCACUGGUGGGAGGCCCCAGAUGUGGCGGCCCGAAGUCUGCUCAAGCUCUAUGGAAUCCGCUUCGACAUCCUUGUCACUGGGCAGGCAGGGAAGUUUGGGCUCAUCCCCACGGCCAUCACACUGGGCACUGGUGCAGCAUGGCUGGGCAUGGUCACCUUCCUCUGUGACCUGCUGCUGCUGUACGUGGACAGAGAAGCCCAUUUCUACUGGAGGACGAAGUAUGAGGAGGCAAAGGCCCCAAAGGCAACCGCCAACUCUGUGUGGAACGGGCUGGCUUUCACACUCCCAAGCCGGGCUGCCCAGGUGCCUCAGAUGGGGUCUAGUUCCCCCGCAACAGCCGCUGCUGCAGACAGCCAGACACCGACACCAGGGUGGCCCCGUCCAGGCUCUGGCACCCACUCACCAGCCCAUUCCUGAGGCCUGUAGCUGUUCCCUGCUCCAUGCUGGUUGGGGGUUGGGGGCUGGGAAGGGUGGAACUCCUGCCUUGGGGAUCUCAAGGAUGAAGCCUCAGCA